CAAUGCUGGGAAAAUUGCUUCUGUAUUGGCUUCCAAAAGGGUCGGGGAGAUUUGCGUGCACCAGGCAAGAACUGCUCGUCUUGAAAAUGAGCCAAUAGCUCCACUAAAGUGCGUUGCGGAGCAACUGAAAAACCUCGCGGAGGCGGACUUUCUCGACGAUGUUUCCAGUCCUGCUAAUUGCUGG